AAUUGCUGUCUUUCUGCAAGAAAUCCCCAUCACCUCCCAUGUCUUCUUCCUAAUCAAACCUGACACCCCCCAUGUCAUGACACUCUCAGCACUACAAAAAUCCACAAAUAUAUAGUUCAUGAAAUUAAUGUCCAUAUUAUUAUGUUAUGAAUCUCAACAUGGCCUUCCCUCCCACACAUCAUGGUUUCUUGUUCCAAGCCCAAGAAGCCAACAAUGACCACCAUCUUCCCUCUCCCACUUCUCUCCCUUCUUGCCCUCCCCUACUCUUCCAUGGUGGUGGUGGACCAUUAAUGAUGAUGAAGAGAUCAAUGUCCUUCUCAGGAAUUGACAGGUGUGAUCAAGAUGGGGUGCAUAAUAAUAAUGGGGAUGAUGACUUGUCUGAUGAUGGGUCACAGUUACUUGGGGAGAAGAAGAAAAGACUGAAUAUAGAACAAGUGAAGGCUUUAGAGAAGAGCUUUGAAUUGGGGAACAAACUUGAGCCAGAGAGGAAAAUUCAGCUAGCUAGGGCCUUAGGUCUGCAGCCAAGACAGAUUGCUAUUUGGUUCCAAAACAGGAGGGCUAGGUGGAAGACUAAACAGUUGGAGAAAGACUAUGAGGUCUUGAAGAAACAAUUUGAUUCACUCAAAGCUGAUAAUGAUGCUCUUCAGGCUCAAAAUAAGAAACUUCAUGCAGAGUUACUGGCUCUUAAGAGUGGAGAAUCAAACCAUGAAGUUAACCUCAAAAGGGAAAAUGAGGGCUCUUGGAGCAAUGGAAGUGAAAACAGUACUCCAGACAACAACAAUUUGGAUCUCACAAAAACACCACAGUUGACAAGCAAACACCUCUUUCCAACAUCUUCAUCUUCAACCGGGACUACAAGCAUCACCCAACUCCUAGUCCAAGGCUCAUCAAGAUCAGACCUCCAAAUGGGUCAAGAGGAUCAUCAAAACUUGUGCAAUAUGUUCACUGCCAUGGAUGAGCAGCAAGGGUACUGGGCAUGGCCUGAUCAGCAGCACCAACAAUAUCAUUAAUCAAAAGCAGUACCAUUCUACUCAAAUGAAAAUUAGGAAUAUUUUUUCCUAUGAUUGUCUGUUCCUUUUGCUGAUGUAAUGGAUUGGUGUAUAGAAUUUUGAACAAAUCUGCUUCAGUAUCAGUAUGGGGGGACUUUUUUUUUGUUAAUUUUGAAUCAUAGUAUUUUAUUUAUGAAAAAAGAAAAGAAAAGAAGAGAAAUCCCUGAUACAUGUGCCACUAAGUGGGUU